AUGGAGGAAAAAUUUGAUGGCAAUGGGAUUAAAAGACGUUCAAAUGAUGGACUUAACAAAUUUCAUUCUAGUGAUCAAAUGCUAAAAGAUGUUGAAAGUGCUAGUGUGAUUUCUCCUUUCGUAUUUUUUACGGCCUUUACUGUAGCUAUCUGUGGAUUUAUGUUUGGAUAUGAUACUGGAAUCAUUAGUAGCGCCAUGUUGCUCUUAGAGAAAGAUUUUCCUAUGACUUCUGUUACUAAAGGACUUAUUGUUGGAGCCACAACAUUUGGUGCAAUUUUUAGUGCUCUAUCUGACUUUGCCGGAAGACGCAUAACAACAAUGGUUGCUGCAAUCUUGUUUAUUGGUGGUGCAUUAGUAUUAACAUUAGCACCCUCAUAUUCAUCUUUAUUGAUAGGAAGGUUAAUAGUUGGUUUUGCUGUUGGUUUAGCAUCAAUGGUAGUUCCGAUUUAUAUAAGUGAAAUUUCUCCAAGAUUUCAUCGAGGUCGGUUAGUUACGAUAAACGUUUUGAUGUGUACUGGUGGACAAUUAAUUUCCUAUUUGAUUGCUACUGCAUUUAUAUUUCAGCAUGGUUGGCGAUGGAUGUUUGGUGUCUCAAUAGUUCCUCCAUUUUUGCAACUUUUAUUUAUGCCAAUUAUUCCUGAAAGUCCAAGAUUCCUUGUGCGAAAGGGUAGAACUGAUGAAGCUAAAAAAAUUUUAGCAAAAAUUUAUCCUAGCGCUUCUAGAGAAUUUUUGAACGAUGAAAUUGAUGUAAUCUAUGAGACAAUUGCUCAAGAUGCUGCAGGAUCUUAUAAACAAUUAUUUUUUUACCCGAAUUUAAGACCGCUUAUUAUUGCAUGUGGGCUUCAGCUAUUCCAACAGCUUUCAGGUUUCGAUACUGCUAUGUAUUAUGGUGCAAAUGCCAUAGUAUUUUCUAUUCUUGUAUCUGCAACUAAUUUUGGCAUGACAGUUGUUGCUCUAUAUUUAAUUGAUCGUAUUGGUAGACGUCGUAUACUUUUGGUCACUUUGUUUGGAACCGUAAUUGGUUUAGCUCUUCUUGGUAUAGGUUUUAUUUUCGUAACUGGUUUAGUGCCAAAACAAGAUUCUUGUGCUGGUUAUGGAACAAAUUGUGGUGCUUGUUUGAUUGAUGAUAGAUGUGGAUUUAGUAAAUUAAAAGAUGGUUGUGUGGACAGAACUUUGUUUUCAGAUGAUCAAUUAUACGAUUCUUGUCCUUCAUCUAGUAUUGGAGGAAAUUGGUUUACAUUGUCAUCAUUGGUUGUUUUUGUAGCAGCAUAUGCCUUAGGAAUUGGGCAUGCUCCAUGGACAAUACAAAGCGAAAUAUUUCCUUUAAAUGUACGAGGUCGAGCCAAUGGAAUUGCUACAGCAACGAACUGGUGUGUAAAUUUAGUGGUUGCGGUCACAUUCUUACCAUUAACGGAAUUAAUAACAAUAUCAGGGGCUUUUUGGAUGUAUGGUAUAUUUAUGAUUAUUGGUUGGUUAUUUGUUUAUUUCAUGGUUCCCGAAACAGCGGGAAAAUCACUUGAAGAAAUUCAAGAAUUAUUUUUAUAA